AUGGAGAUCGGCAAGGUUCUGUUCAUGACGGGUUGUAUUAUGGUCGUGGCUCAGCUGCUCAUAUUUCCGUCGGUGAUCAAGAUUAUUGGAGCGGUGACGUGGAUGCGCACAGGCUGUCUUCUAGGUAUUUCCACCUUGCUUGCUACCCCAAACGCCAAGCUCUUCAGCUGGAACUACACUACCCUGUUCGCAGCGUCGGUUGCGAGUGUGACCGUCGUCAACUGUUGCUUGGCAGCGGUGAGCAUCACGUUGACAGUGGCAUCGACUAGCAUCGUCCCCUCCAGAUUGCGGGGCAAGCUCAGCGGGCUGUACAGCUCAGCGGGGAGCUUGGGUCGGUUCACGAGUGCCGUUGGCUUCGCGGUCUUGUUCGCGUGGUCAAUUUCUUCCGACAUCCUUGGUUUGAUCGACCACCGGUUUGUUUUCUACUCGUGCGCUCUUGCCCUGGGUGUGGCGACGGUAGUGGCAUGGCGCACUCUUCCUGCAGAGGUUUUUGGGGAUAAAUCCGCCGCUGAAAACGUGGAGGAUGAGAUCCAUGAUGCUGGCGUUACGCCCUAA